UCCUCGGCUAGCGCCUCCGCGCGCCCGUGCGCCCCGCACUAGGAGGUGACCCUCCUGGGCCACCCAGCAACAGCGGCAGCAGCCUGGACGUCUCUCCCUCCGCGUGACAACACAGAUUGGAGACGGGAGCGGCCUCCCAAGUGCACCACUCCCUCCCUCCGCUCCCCACUCUCUCUUGCACUCCCUCCGCCCCAGCCCCCCCCACCCCCGCCCGCCCCCCGUGCCUGUGUGUGUUUGGCACCGGCAGGGGACCCGGGGAGCAGUCCAGGCUCGGCGCGCGGCGGAGCUACGGCUGCUCUCGCUGCUGAGAGGCGCGGCGCGGCGGCCGCCUUGCGCCUCCCCGGACUUUCCAAGUGGGGGCAGAGCAGCCGCUCGCGGAGCCGCCAGUUAGAAGGCAAGGGAAAGAGAGACCUCCAAACUCCUCCUCAGCGUCUCCUCUCCACCCCCUUUUGGCCCCUGCCCUUGGAGAAAGUGGAGUGUGGCGCUCGGUUAUCUUAUUUCUUCAGACAGCUUCGCGGAGCACGGAGUCAGCGGCUGCCCUGUGGGGCUCUCCGCUGUUGGCGCGCCUCUGUGUGUGGCUCCCCCAGGCACACCUCUGUCGACGAUGAGGAAAGGUCUGCGGGCGACAGCGGCCCGCUGCGGACUGGGACUGGGAUACGUGCUGCAAAUGCUUGUGCUACCUGCCCUGGCCCUGCUCAGCGCCAGCGGCACCGGCUCGGCCGCUCAAGACGACGACUUUUUUCAUGAACUCCCAGAAACCUUUCCAUCCGAUCCACCUGAGCCUCUGCCACAUUUCCUUAUUGAGCCUGAAGAAGCUUAUAUUGUGAAGAAUAAGCCUGUGAACCUGUACUGUAAAGCCAGCCCUGCCACCCAGAUCUACUUCAAGUGCAACAGUGAAUGGGUUCAUCAGAAGGACCACAUAGUAGACGAACGAGUAGAUGAAACCUCUGGUCUCAUUGUCCGAGAAGUGAGCAUCGAGAUUUCCCGCCAGCAAGUGGAAGAACUCUUUGGGCCCGAAGAUUACUGGUGUCAGUGUGUGGCCUGGAGCUCGGCGGGCACCACCAAGAGUCGGAAGGCCUACGUGCGCAUCGCAUAUCUGCGAAAGACAUUUGAGCAGGAACCCCUGGGAAAGGAAGUAUCCUUGGAACAGGAAGUCUUGCUCCAGUGUCGACCGCCUGAAGGGAUCCCAGUGGCUGAAGUGGAAUGGUUGAAAAAUGAAGACAUCAUUGAUCCUGUGGAAGAUCGGAAUUUUUAUAUUACUAUUGAUCACAACCUCAUCAUAAAGCAGGCCCGCCUCUCAGAUACUGCAAACUAUACUUGCGUUGCCAAAAACAUUGUUGCCAAGAGAAAAAGCACAACCGCAACUGUCAUAGUCUAUGUAAAUGGUGGCUGGUCCACCUGGACAGAGUGGUCUGUGUGUAAUAGCCGCUGUGGACGAGGGUAUCAGAAGCGCACAAGGACCUGCACCAAUCCAGCCCCACUCAAUGGUGGUGCCUUCUGUGAAGGGCAGAGUGUGCAGAAAAUAGCCUGUACCACGUUGUGCCCAGUGGAUGGCAGAUGGACCUCAUGGAGUAAGUGGUCGACCUGCGGGACCGAGUGCACACACUGGCGCAGAAGGGAGUGCACAGCACCAGCCCCCAAGAAUGGAGGCAAGGACUGCGAUGGCCUCGUCUUACAGUCCAAGAACUGCACGGAUGGGCUGUGCAUGCAGAGUUUCAUUUAUCCUAUUUCAACUGAGCAGAGAACCCAGAAUGAAUAUGGAUUUUCUUCCGCUCCUGAUUCAGAUGAUGUUGCUCUGUAUGUUGGCGUUGUGAUCGCUGUGAUUGUCUGCCUGGCCAUUUCUGUGGUCGUGGCCCUCUUUGUGUAUCGGAAGAAUCAUCGUAACUUUGAGUCGGAUAUUAUUGACUCUUCGGCACUCAACGGAGGCUUUCAGCCUGUGAACAUCAAGGCAGCAAGACAAGACCUCCUGGCAGUACCCCCAGACCUCACAUCAGCUGCAGCCAUGUACAGAGGACCUGUCUAUGCCUUGCAUGAUGUCUCCGACAAAAUCCCAAUGACCAACUCUCCAAUUCUGGAUCCACUGCCUAACCUGAAAAUCAAAGUGUACAAUACCUCAGGUGCUGUUACACCCCAAGAUGACCUCUCUGAGUUUGCCUCAAAGCUGUCCCCUCAGAUGACCCAGUCUUUAUUGGAGAAUGAGGCCCUCAACCUGAAGAAUCAGAGUCUAGCAAGGCAGACGGACCCAUCCUGCACUGCAUUUGGUACCUUCAACUCCCUCGGGGGUCACCUUAUUGUCCCCAAUUCAGGAGUAAGCUUGCUGAUUCCCGCUGGGGCCAUUCCCCAAGGGAGAGUCUACGAAAUGUAUGUGACUGUACACAGGAAAGAAAAUAUGAGGCCGCCCAUGGAGGACUCUCAGACACUCUUGACCCCUGUGGUGAGCUGUGGGCCUCCAGGAGCCCUGCUGACCCGCCCUGUCAUCCUCACUAUGCAUCACUGUGCAGAUCCCAAUACCGAGGACUGGAAGAUACAGCUCAAGAGCCAGGCAGCACAGGGACAGUGGGAGGAUGUGGUGGUGGUUGGAGAGGAAAACUUCACCACACCCUGCUACAUUCAGCUGGAUGCAGAGGCCUGCCACCUCCUGUCUGAGAACCUUGGCACCUAUGCCCUGGUGGGGCAGUCCACCACCAAAGCUGCUGCAAAGCGCCUGAAGCUGGCCAUCUUCGGACCACUCUGCUGCUCCUCUCUGGAGUACAGCCUCCGAGUCUACUGUCUGGAUGACACUCAGGAUGCCCUGAAGGAAGUUUUGCAGCUCGAGAGACAGAUGGGAGGACAGCUUCUAGAAGAGCCCAAGGCUCUUCAUUUCAAAGGCAGCACCCACAACCUGCGCCUGUCCAUUCAUGAUAUUGCCCACUCCCUCUGGAAGAGCAAACUGCUGGCCAAAUAUCAGGAAAUUCCUUUUUACCACAUCUGGAGUGGAUCGCAGAGAAACCUCCACUGCACAUUCACUUUGGAAAGAUUUAGCCUGAACACAGUGGAGCUGGUCUGCAAACUCUGUGUGCGGCAGGUGGAAGGAGAAGGGCAGAUCUUCCAGCUAAACUGCACGGUCUCAGAGGAACCUACCGGCAUUGAUUUGCCUCUGCUGGAUCCAGCAAGCACCAUCACCACCAUGACGGGGCCCAGCGCUUUCAGCAUCCCUCCCCCAAUCCGGCAGAAGCUCUGUAGCAGCCUGGAUGCCCCACAGACGAGGGGUCAUGACUGGAGGAUGCUGGCCCAUAAGCUAAACUUGGACAGGUACUUGAAUUACUUUGCCACCAAAUCCAGCCCCACUGGCGUCAUCCUGGAUCUUUGGGAAGCACAGAACUUCCCAGAUGGAAACCUGAGCGUGCUGGCAGCUGUCUUGGAGGAAAUGGGAAGACAUGAGACAGUGGUGUCGUUAGCGACAGAAGGGCAGUAUUGACCCGGGCUGGGGCUGGGAAUGAAGCACCAGACUUGCAGGGGGUCCGUGGCCCUCCAGGGGCUCAGAGCGGAGGAGGAAACCCAGUCUAGACCGAUGCUCCACAGGCAAGACUGCAGCGGGGGAGGGAGAACAGACCCAACUGCCCUGUAUGUGCCCACUCCCACUCGGCCGUGGUCACAGGAGUUAAGAACAAUUGUACAAAUGUGUAUCUUGAAUUUAGCAAUCAACCUAAUUUUCCUCUUAGUUGGGCUGUAUGCUGUGUGGUACAGGAUCUUACAGUUUCCUAGGAAACGCUUUUUAUUGCUAUCCAGAUCUAUGGAUAAACUUUCUUAACAAACCCAAUUUCUACAAACGUUGUUUACAUCAAAUUGGACAGGGAUGCAGACGCUGUCCAUGGCUCGUUCUAUUUUUGUUUAAAUCAUUUGAAGUCGAAGCUGUGGACGGUUUGCUGUGUCUCUUUCAGAUUAGUCAUUUACAGAGAAAUCACAGACUUUUCCUACCACUCGUGUGUCCGAUAAGCCUCCCAUCGGUGUCCUGUUUCUAGAACGUGUAGAACCAGUGUUCCUGUUUGUAUCAGGGAAGCGGAGACUCUUAAGUGUAACGGAGAAAUAGCUCAGCCUCCUUCUUCCCGAGGGCUCUCCUCUCAUGUCCUCUGGGAGUGAAGCUAUAGCAUCGCAGGGAAGACCGUGAUUCACGUUCAGCCACAAACAAGCAUUUCUUCACAACAUGUGUGUUUGUAAUAUGCAAUCGCAAGUGUUUUUUUUUUAAAGGUAUUAUCAUUUUUAUUAUUAUUAUUGACGAGUAUUUACAGGUAUUCUAGUAAAAGGAUAUUCUUUUAACUUCUGUUUUUGUUAGCAACACUGUUAGUCGUUAGGGAUGGACCUAACCUGCGCACUGUCUCACGGAACAGGGCGGGCAUGGUCCGCAAUUUGAUUAAACAAGCAUUGCUUCUUUGACCUUUUAUCUUUCUUCCAUCAUUCUGCCCUGGAAAGGUGGUCAGGGCUCACUGACGUCGUCAGUCUGUUCUCUCUCGGGCAGGGCCUUUGUCCUCUGGGUCUUGGCCUGAGACGCGUUCUCCAUCGAAGCUCACGCAGCCCCACCAGCCGCCCGUGGGUCCCCUGUCCGUCUCAGAGACGGUGCGGUUGGAGGAACAGCCUCGGAACUGGGGAAUCAGGAGGCCAGCUCUCAUGCUGGGUUUGCCAUCGUCUAGCUCUGUCACUCAUCCUCGCUGGACCUCCGUUCCCCCACCUGCACACUGAAGGGGUUGGCUUCGAUCCGCUGAAGGUUCUAAAAUGCUCGACUUCCACGGUGAUGCCGCCGGUCCCUUCCAUCAGUCCGAAGACCACAGUGGACGCUGACCUGGACCCUUCGGAGAUGCAACUAAUCGUUCGCUCUGGUUGCAUUAUGCGUUUCGGAGCGUUCCGACUUGGAGGAUAAUUAUUCUAACCUGUCAGGCUUCCCCGUCUCGUUUUUGUGUCCCCGCAUCACGUGGUUCCCUGAGAGAUGGCAUCCCUUUAUCACCACUUUCUUUUUCUCUUGGGACCACAUGCCUUCCUGACUAGUUGCAAAUUAUGUUCUAGUAUUGUCUUGGUCAAAAAAAUUUUUAAUUAAAAAAAUUUUUAACUGAAACAUAGUUAUCCAACAGAUGACUUUGUGCAAACUAUGAUAUCCCCUAAGGACCAUCACAGGCUGUUGCUUUUAAUGCAGGGAUUCAGUUCAUUCAGCAGGUGGGGAAUAAAGAGUCAACAAACAGCCCAGCAGCCAAAACCAAGACUGAACAACAAGCACCCAUGUGUGUGAAUCAGAACUUGCAAAGCAGGGCUGUGGUUUACUUUUCAGUGGGAUGUAUCCAGGUUACUGACUGGAUGUGACUUUAAAAUAAUUUUAUAUAUUCUCCCCUUCUUUCCCCAUGGUGUUCCUUACCUGGCUAUUUUGGUAACUUUUGCAUAGUCCCAGGUUCCUCUGUUGAAACCUUGGUAAGGAGCCGUUUCUUUCAUGCCUCUUACUUUGUAUCUUCAGUUUUGGCUGCCUGCGUCAUAAUCUCUCUCGGCCCACCCCUCUGUACCAUAUAUAAAGACAUCUCACACUUACUGUGAAAGCAAAAGAUUGCACUAGAAAGUAAGUUCAGUGGAUAAAGUUUACACCAAUGCAUAUUUGACCAAAAGAUAGUAAAAGCGUAUUCUACAUUAAAAAUGUAAAUAUUUUUUAAAAGCAAAGAGAGCUGUCACCCAUUGCUGCAUCUUGAAAUCACACUCUUCAAGAUUCCUCACCAUUACUGGUUUGGGGGACUGUCAUCUAUGGAAAUCAAGAAUUAGAAAAAAAAAAAAAAAAGAGGAGCAAACAUAGUUUACAAAUUAAUUCCAAAACUGACUAAAAGCAAGUCAAGUCAUCAAAAAGCCGUCAACACAGAACUCUAGAACGUAGCCAAACUAUUUGUGAAGCCAUUGCGGGGUUGACUUCAGGGGCUCUGUGUUUUUGGUUCUGUGUCUCGGCACCAGAAAAGGGACCUGCCGUUGAUUCCCUACACUGGAGGGACCCAGCAGUCACAGAACCCUCCCGUGCCCUAUCCGGCGAAUGGCAGCUUCCUUAUGUACAGCCCACCAGAGACAUCAAAUAAUUUACACUGCAAAGUCUGAUUUCCUUCUUGGCGGAUGCAGUAAGAGCUGUUAGAUUGCACGCAACUCAGCAGGUCGGGACUCACCAGCUCAGUAAGUAGCUAGGGAGCCACUUCAUCAGCCAUCCCCAGACGGGAACUCCACCUUGGGUUUCCCUGUAGCUUGUGAGGAAAGACUGGCUGGCUUCAUCUGGAAGGAAAAAAAAAACCCCAAUCUCUCACUUGUGCAUGAUGCCAUCUAGUGGUGGACAACACCGUCGACCCCGAGUGUAAUAGAGUAACUCAGGAAACGCUGCUGGACAAAGGGAAGGAGUCCCUGUACAGUGGACAGGACCUUUACAACAAACAGUGUUGGGGAAAUUUUCGCUUCAGAUAUAGUUUCCUUAGUCUCACUUUCUUCUCUUACCCCUAUCAAAAAUUAUGAGCCUAGUCGAUUAUGCAUUCAUACAUGUCUCAAGUUGGGUUUUGGUUAUAUAGAAAUAAUAAAAAUACAAACUUUUACAAAACAGUCUUUGACGUGUCAUUUUAACAUACGUGAAAUGGGCUUUAGAGAUUUUUAAAUCUUUUAGUUCUCUGAUAUUUAUUAUCGAAGGGGUAAAAUAUCCAUUUAGAAGUACAUUUCAUGUCUGCAAAUGCAAAUACUACGUCCAGUGAAGUGAAAAUUCUGGUCAUUAAGGAGAACACAAUUAGCUUCCGUUCUUCUGAACUGGCAGACCUCAAGGCAGACGUCUCAUCCUGUUUUAUUUUCCUCUCACCAGGCUUGUUCGGAUUUUCUUGGGAUGGGGAAGGAAUAGAAGUGAGAUUCAGAAUGGAUACCAGGCGUAAGGUGUCCCCAGACACGUUACACCAAGGCGCUCACCUCCCCAAACAGCAUGACCACCAACCUGCACCUCAGUCCCCGGGGAGCGCCCAUCCUCACCGGAGCAAGGUGAAGCUUUUCUAAGGCAGGCCCGAUUUUGCAGUGAGAGGCCUGUUGCUAAACUGCAAGACCAUUAGCCAUUUUUAUGUAAACGAUCACUUUGUAGGUUGAAACAGUAGAACCAGUCUUUAGGGUGACAUCGUGGAGAGUGAGUUCGGGACCCUGUGGAAACUACAUGGUCCGUCCUAAUUUUUAGGGGCCCCUCUCCUACAAGAAAUCUUAAACAUUCCAAUGGUAAAAUCGAGAUUUUUUUUUUUUUUUUUUGCUUCUCUGGAGAGGAACAGAGAAGCUAAUGUACCCUUCUGUGUGUAACCGUCGGGGACACAGCAGCUGUGCUCCUGGUCCACUUACUUUUCUGUCACUCAUGUUUGAGGAAGGGAUGGCACUGUCUCCUCAGAAUUCACAAGCCUUCACCACGACACGCGCUGCCCCGGUGGGUCAAAUACAGAUCCCUGCAAGCGUAUCAAGUAUGUAGAAAGAGUUUAUCCGUCCAGACUUCAGGUUGCAUGUGAGCUUUGGCUUUUUCCAAGUAGUCGGCCUUGACAAGUCUUUAGUUUGUCAUAGAGAUCGCAGGACAAGUCCAAGGCUGCUGAAAGAAAGGAGGAGCCAGGAGACAGCCAAAAUGAAAUUGGAUUUUAUCCAUCUUCGUCGAGAGCGGAAGAGCGUUUGUGACGCUGAAUGCUGAGGCUCAAAGUCAGUCAUUUGUAAAUACGAUGGUCAGUGAGCAUUAAAUGUUAUGGAUCCAAUAGGAAAUAGUAGCUCAAGGUAAAAACGCAUGGUUUCACCUUUGGAGUGCCUCAUAGGACCAACUAUUACACUGCGGUGGGUUGGUUUUUCAUAUUUUUUAAAACCUUCCUGAGCGAGUGGUAACUGAAUUCCUUUGAACUUUGCCUCCGUGCAAUGAAGUGCUGUUUCUUUAAGAAAUCUAUGUAAUCUCUGGCUGUGCUGAAAUAGUUCCCUGGCCUCGUCAAUGAUUUUUUUUUAAGGAAAUAAGGCAUAAGGGGAAAAAAUACAUUGUACCCAUUAUUAAUUCAAGCCUGUGUCCAUACAGGUCAAAUAAAGCAAGUGGAGUCCUAAGUGUUUCCAGAAUGCAUGUCUAAAACUUCCUAUUUAUGAAAAAUAGGGAGAGGGCCUUGUAUGUCACUAGGUAGGUUUUCUCUACAAAUAACUUCCUGAUCCUUUAGUCUUAGCAGCAUUUUGUGCUUGCCCCAAUUUUCACAAAACCUACGCUAAAAAUCUGUCUUCAGAAGACUUCACUGCUUCCAGGGUUUUCAAAGGGCCUGUCAACGGGCCACUUAAUCUUCAGGUGGCUCAUGCAGCCAAAGUCCACGCCUAGCCCUAUUUUAGCCUCUGGUCCAGGGAGGCCAUGAACGCCACAAAUGCGCCGGCACAAAAUCAGGCAGGAGUAAGAGGCUACUUUCCAGCCUGCUGUACACUUUUGUGUUUUGCAAUGAGGUAGCCAGGAAUCUUCUGGAAUCCCAAGUCGGGAAUCUCUGCAGAAUGCCUCAAGAGUCUUGGCCUCCCAGCUGCUGAGUAGGACAUGAGGAAGAUGCCCACCAGCCCAGGCACUUGCUGCUGAACACCAGCCUUUUCAUGUGCCAUUUCGCAUUCUGCCUCAGCAAACUCCUAGGUUGCUGGAGGCUGUAACACUUCAGGGUCUUUUACAAAUGAUGCUUAAAUCCUCUGUGCCAACUUUACAUUCCAAAGGUCUGCUGGACUUGGCACUAUCAGAGCUGCGGCUGAACCUGAUGGCACUGACCCAGGGUGGACUCACGAUCGGGACUGGAGCUCAGAAUAUGAAUCAUAGGCACAUUUUGCUGAUAUGCAGCCUAAGAAUUGAUGAGCCCUUGACCUCUGAACGUCAGCCCCGCAGUGAUGCAACCUCCGAGAAUCACGACCAGAGCAACGUCCUAGAUGUUCAACCUGUUUAGAACAGCAUGAAAGAGCAAGCGGGCUGCAGCCAGUGAAAAAUGCCUUUGCCCUUUUCUACUGCAAACGUCCCUAUGACACCUGUCAAUGUGGGGUAUAAAUUCAAACACAGUCCUCCAGGCCUUGUGACAAGCUGAUCGUGUGACUAGCGUGCUCCCCUUUGCUCUUUCCCAGGCCUCCCUUUGGUGGUGAGACCGUUGUCACCCUCCACUGCAGGGAGUGGCAUCUGUGUGUGAGUGUGUGUGUGUGUGUGAGUGUGUGUGAGAUGUCACAGUAUUGUACGUGUUUGUUGAGUUUAAUGUUGACCUCUCGUAAGCUCGUGACCUUCCUCUGCUCUUUCUAAAGAUGACAACCGGUGUUUGUCAGAGAAAAACUCCCCAGCAGUCUGUGCUCAAGGGCCGUGUCAUCCACCCGCCACUCCCUGUGGACCAGUUCAGCUGCAGAAAUGUCAGAAUAAGGUUUUGUGCUUUGUGGUUUUUCUUUCUUCUUUUGUCAACACAAUGACACAACCUUGGCUCUUCAGAGAUGGAACACGUCUUUUGUUGUGGUGGAGUUUCCUUCUGCUGGCUCUUCUAUGCAAUUCCUUUUCUAGAAAAUCCCCCGCGGAGGCGUGCUCUCUGCCCUGGAGGCCCAGAGGUGCCAGCUCCAGCUGUGCCUCUUCUCCCUCCCUGGCCGUCGCGCCCCAUUUCCCCUGCAGUCCCUUGCUUUGUAAAUCUGCCCGCAUUUAUUCUGUCGGCCACUGUGUACAAAAUGUAAGAAAGGAUUUUUCAACAGGGAAUAAAUUAUAUUUAUAAGCAACAGAGA